UUCAGGAGCUUAAAAAAAUAAUAAAUAACUGCUUUUCUCUUUUGCUUUAGAUCCUUGAGCAAUUUUUUUCCUAUUUGGACUCAGAGACGCUGCUGAAGACGCGAAGCGUGUGCAAAUCUUGGAAUUAUGAAGCCUGUCGAGCACUGAGCAAAAGGCAGGCAUUCGAGAUCUCGUGGGGCGGAGGGGAGGGUGAAACCCAUGUCGAGGAUUUUAGGAAGAUUUUGACCACUACUCAAAACCUUGUCCUUUUCAAUGGAUGCUCAAUUGAAGAUUCCAACAGGUUAAGAAUGGCAAGAUCAUUGUUUGUGGAUUUCGGAAAAUGUCUGAGUCAUGUAGGCAUUGAUCUUGGAGCUUGUUUCUCAUUGCGCCACCACACCCGGAUUCUCAACUCGGUUUACAAGCUGGUCACUGUGUGGGGACCCAAUAUCGACUGGAUAGAAAUUUCCAUUCCGGUGGAAGUCAUGAAACGGCUGUCGCCCCACAUAUUUCAGCAGGCAGAAAUCUAUAACCCAAAAUACUCAGAAGGGAAAGUGUCGAAACUUCGUCAUCUUGGAAUCAUUGGUCUCACUGGACCUUAUUUUCCUCAAUUUUCAAUGGAUAUGAUAAGGUCUUCUCCUAAGCUGUCUGAGCUCGUGUUGGAGGAGAUUCCACCACCUCGAUGGAGAAUUGCUUACUUUGGAAACCCGUCAGAGUCUCAAAAGAACGUUAAUUUUCUGGAAGAACUGUCCCAAGCAAAUGGAAUUACAUCAAAACUAACAGAGUUUACUUGGACCUUGAAAAAUGAAUUAGAACGCGACCUUUUCUUUGACCCUCUGACUGAGCAAGAUAGAGCAGGAAUGGCUGCCAAGUUGGCUCAAAUUCAGUUCGGACGGCUAGAAGUGUUGGAGUUGGAUGCCUCCGUCCUAGGAAAACAACAGUCUGACCUGGACAGUUUAAAACUUGUGCUGCAAGCAAAUCUGGCCCUUCAAGUGCUCCGUUUUGAACCUUGCUCUCAAGAUACUCCUCUGACAAUUAUUGUGGGCAACCAGGAUCAAAUGACCAGACAAAUCUCCUUAAAUGUGACGCUUAUUCACCUGAAGCAUUUAUGCAUAGAUUCCAUCAAAGGCCAGGCUGUAAAUCUCUUCACGACGGUGUCCCAUCUCCCAAAUCUGGAAGUUUUAGAAGUUCGGAAACGAGAUCCGAAUCAUUUUAUCUUUUACCUGAAUCAGAGCUGCUUCUUCCGGGAACAAUUUUCGCUGAAGGCUGCACCACACACCUCUCUGAAGAUGUUAGCGUUUGAGUAUCCGCUUGAAAAACUUCAAGAUUUGCAUGCUGUAUUUGACAGCUUUCCGAAUCUCGUGGAAUUUGAGUCACCGCUCUGCUUUGGAGAUCGAUUUUUGUUUGGUCCGAUUGAUAUUAUCGGGGAUGUCAGUUUUAUGGAGUCGAAUUGGAAGAUUCAUAACGUUCUGGUGGCUUUUGCCAGAAAAAUUAAGAACUUGAAGAUACUCCGAGUCCUCAAUCAGCCCGAGCUUCAUCUUGUGUCUCAUUGGGUCCAAGCAUUUAAAGUGCUACAAAAACUGAAAGGAUUGCAAGAGCUUCACAUUGACUGCCGACACAUUAAGAAGCAUUUGUACGUCGGACGACUUCGAGAUGCAGUGAGGAAUCGAAAGGUGAAAGUUCUUCGGAUACGAGUCCUUCCAGAUGCAACCAGCCAAAUGGAAUUAUCUUAUUAAAAGUAUGCCAUGCCUUGUAGAGUGUUUUUUUAUGUCAUGAAACUGAUCACUAUUAAAUAAGUUGCUCAAAUGCCUGUAAACU